CAGUCCCUAAUGCCGGAGUCUCAAAAUACGUCGUCGUCCGAGAGACCCGCAUUAGCUUCCAACACUGCUCCACCGCCGGUCUACGGUUAUCCAUCCCCGGCAAAUGGCUUUCCUUACGCCAACAUCAAUCACCGGAAAAAUAGCUGGUGCGGCUGCUGUUGUUGUCUCUGGUGGUUCAUCGGCAUCAUACUCACUCUGGCCGUGCUCCUCGUGAUUGCCGUUGUUUCUUUUUGCUUGAUUACCCGGCCGGAAUUGCCCUAUUUUGCACUCGAUAGUAUCGCUGUGAACGGAAUGGACCUCACGUCAACAUCUGUUAUUUCUCCGGCGGCUGAUGUCUUCAUUAGGGCUGAUAACGGUAAUAACAAGAUUGGAAUUUACUAUGAAAAGGAUAGCAUUGUUGAGAUUUUUUACAGAGAUGUUAGGCUCUGUAACGGCGUUUUACAGGCGUUUUAUCAGCCGACGAAUAACGUCACGGUGCUUCAGACUGUGUUGAAGGGUAAGGGCAUCAAACUUGCCGAAACGGAUAGGAAGGCGUUGGUGAAAGCUGUUGGGAAAUGGAGCGUGCCGUUAACGUUGAAGAUGAGGGUACCGGUGAAAAUCAAAGUAGGGCUUGUUAAGACAUGGAAGAUUGGAGAUUUUGUGUUUGACUGUGAUGUGACGGUUGAUCAGUUAACUGCGGAGGCGAAGAUUGUUGAUAAUGAUUGUAGUUAUGGAUUGCAUCAUUGAUGAUGAAAAUUAUUGUUUGGA